CCUGGAGGAGGGGGGGUCUGGGGGACAGGGACUGCCUGCCUGCCUUUUGCCUCCCCGGCCCCCCAGAUGCAGCUCUCUACAACUGCCUGGAGGAUGGGGAUGAACAUGCCGCCCUCUUCACCUGCCUGGAGCCCAAUGCUAUGUUUGAUGACAGCUUCGACCUGGGCAUGGACGCCAGCCCCCCAGAGCCACCCUGGGACCAGAUACCAACCAGCCUCUUUUCGGACCUCCAGGUGAAGUCCGAGCCUGUGUCCCCUGCUUCCUCCCACAGCUCAGACUCCUCUGCCCUCUCCAUGACCCCCGACCCCCUGAGACAGGUCGCGAGCCCAGACGCCGUGAUCGGAGUGAAGGCCGAGCACCCCGCGACCCCCCCCUGCAUGUUUGGGGAUGUCCUGGCCCCCCCAGUCAGCACCGUCCAGAUCAGCUUGAUGCCAGCGCCGGAAACGCAGGCAGCACCAGGUAACCAAAGGGGGUUAUGGGAGGAAAUCCUGCUAACUCCAGGUCUGGCCAGCAGGGGUCCUGGGAGGGGGAAGAGCCUGGUUGUUGGGGAGGGGCUCUGGUGACUCCAGGCCUGGCCA